AUGCAAAAGGCGCCCUAUUACCACUUCAAUCGCUUCGUCUGCAUCUUCUGGACCAGUCGAUUCUUCUAUUGGAUCUUCUUAGUCAUUGCUUCCCAAUUCCUUUUCUUUUUUGCCGUCUAUCGUUUUCUCGAUGUGACCGGUGCUGAUGACUACAAGAUGAUAUCAGAAGAAUAUCAGAUACUCGCGUACAGCACCACAAUCACCGUCUUCAGCGUCUUUAUCACCCUACCGCAGACCUUCUCCGAGAAUAUCGUGGGUGAUGAGUGCAACUGCUUCAAUCGUAAGAUCAGGAUGCCCCUCCUAUCAAUAGUAUAUGCGCAAGUCUACAUCUGGAUAGCAAUCCUAAUCGUUUUUGACGGUUGCGUCCUAGCCUACGUAAGUGUUCGCCUUCGGCGUUUACUGAAGACGCCUGCAGAGUGCAGACGUGAAGAUAAGUUGGAACUGUUGCAUUUCUACAACAUCACCUUAAGUGAGAGUCACGCAUCGGCAAAUACCAUUUGGAGAGGGAUGAAAACCUCGUUGUGUGUUAUCCCUCUGUUUGUCAGUUACCUGGUGCUCUUAUCGUAUGAUCAGUUCUACCAAUUGGCCAGCGCGGUCGAUCUCACUACUUAUGUCAUAGGGGCCCCAGCUCAGAGAUUCGGCGAACUCUUAAUCGUCGCAAACUGCGUCAACGUACCAAUUAUCAUCGUUGUCUACAUUCACCCUCUUCGAAUGGGCGUGAAAAAAUGUUGGAAGACACUGGUAGGUAAAAUAUAA